UGUGGGGUGGUGAUUGGCCUAGGCAAAGCAUACUGAUAUCUACUUCUUCUCCGACCAGGCAAUGCACCAGGCGACCAGACAAGCCGACACGGCUUGUCUUGCACCUCAUGACUAUCCCAUUGAACUUGCUCAGCAGACUGACCAACCUUCCUGUGGCCCUUGUACCGUCCAAUGGAGAGUCAAUGUGAAUCAAAGACCCCAAAAUGCAUUCAAGAAGAACUUCAGAAGGCGACACCCCACUACCAACUGAUUACCGAAGUACGGCAGUUUGGUCGCGGUGGCAUUCUCUGCUCUUCGACAGGCCAGGCCUGUAUCACUGGCCUUCUCAAAUGUACAGCGUUCGCCUCACAUCCGCCCUCCACGGGUGCCUGAGUGGCGCGUCUCUCGGCACGCUCGCUGCGCUUGCCACGCGCGCUCAGGCGCUGGCGGAGGUCACAAGCGCGCCGUGAUCGGCACAGCAGUGUGAUGUCCCCAGUCGGCGCCUGAUGUGGACGAGUGUACUCGGCCUGGCCACAGAACAGCUGGCAGGAUGUGACGCGCACGUCACAGCCAGGCGUCAUCCGCUGCGCUCUCUGGGCCGAGCGCGCAGCUGCGUCGCCGCCUCUGCUGCAUGGCUUUCGGCGUGCUCUCGUAGCGCCCUUUUAAGAGGGAGGAGAGAGGAAAUAAAUCUCUUUCCACUUUUCCGUUCCCCGAAAACGCAAGCCAAUGCGCCUCAGUCGCCGUCGUUGUCCCUGCGCAGCUUCCUUGCCCAUCUGAUUUUUCCUGAAUCGAGGUUUUGAAUUAACCUGUAAUUUCAAGCAACUCCGGUACAGUUCUUGUGUCUUCUGCUCACGCGUGUGAGUGGGUCAGUCGACAAACGAAAAAAAUUAAAGAAGGCACCGACGAGACACCAUGUCCGACAACAUGGAGCUCAAGGACGCGGCCACCACGGGCGUAUCGUACGGAACAGUCGAGUCCACGCUGGUGAACCGGCGCAAGGGGGCCUUCAAGAGCGUCUGGGACGAUGACAGCGACUCAGACUCUGCAGACGAGGACAACGACAAGGAUAAGAAGCCGCGCAUAAGGUUCGUGUUCCGGUGGAGCGACCUCAUCAUCAUCCUGGUGUACCUGGCGGUGUCGGCAAUCGGGCUGUACUUCGCUCUGAGCCGCAUGCUUCCGCAGGCGGAGAAGCUGCGGCUCGCCUUCUACAACACCACCAUCCCCGAGGGACCCACGCCGCUGGUGCGCGUCCAAGCGCCGCCCAUGGUGCUCGCGUGGGACGACCCACCCUGCAGGCAGCUCGCCCGAGACCUACUGGACACAGGGGGCAACGCCAUGGAUGCCGCCAUUGCGCUGAGUGUGUGCAACGUGGCGCUGAGGCCGCAGGCGUGGAGCUUGGGCGGCGGACUUGUCAUGCUCAUCUACAACAGGACCACCAGGCAGGCUCACGUGAUCGACGCGCUGUCUUCCUCCCCCAAGAACUUCUCCGCGGAAGAGUUCCAGAAGAAGCAAAGCAGCGGUUGGAAAGAGGCGGAGACGCUGGGAGUGCCAGGAGCCCUGGCAGGACUAGAGCUGGCCAACAAGAGGUUCGGGCGGCUUGCCUGGCACUACAAGCUGGACCCGGUGGCUGACCUCUGCGAGCGGGGCUUCAACGUCACCGAGUCCCUGGGACGCGUCCUGUCCGGAAAGAGCGGGGACCUCUGGAACCACCCAGACCUGAGGGUGGAGUUCGUGCGCGAAGGAAGUAAGGACGAGCUGCUGCGUGAAGGAGAGACUCUGAAGCGACCGUCGCUGUCCGAGACGCUGCGCCGCGUGGCCAAACUGGGUGCCAAGGAGUUCUACGCAGGCGUCAUCUCCAAGCUUGUGCUGCGGGACAUCGCAGCCGCAGGAGGCUUGCUGACCGCCGACGACCUGGCUUCGUACGAGGCUCACGAGUACGGCGCCGCGAACGUGUCGUGCGGCAGCGGCUCGUGGCUGCUCACUUCGGCCGCGCCCAGCGGAGGGCCCGCCUUGGCCAUGGCCGGAUCCCUGCUGCGCACCCUGGGCCCUCUGAUGCGCGCACAGGAGCUGCCCGCGCAGUUCCGCACGCUCGUCGAGGUGUUCAAGCAGAGCCUGGGCCGCCGGCUGGACGCCACGGUCGCCUACUACGAAGGUGCCCAGGGUGGAGUGGCGAGCAGCAUAAUCGAUGGCGAGGUGCUACAACCCCUACCCGUUGACGUCAGCCAUGCACUCGGCGACCCUGGCGUGCCUGAAGCAGUGGCUGUGGUCGACAACGCGGGGGACAUCGUCGUCGUCUCCAGUGAACUUCACGGAGUGUUCGGCUCGCACUUCCUGUCCAACUCGACGGGUGUGAUAUUCAACGGCGCCCUGAGGGAGUUCCCCACGGCCAGCGGUGGCGAGGAGGAGAGCGCCCUGUUCCGGCCUGGGGCGAGAGUGCCCAGUCCGGCGGCGCCCGCGCUGGUUGUCGACGACGCCGGUGACAUCCGACUGCUCUUCACCGCUGACGGGCCGGGCAACCAGACUCUCACGGCCGCCAUGCAGUUCCUGUGGCGGGCGCUGCACACUAACGUGACCCUAAAGCAGGCCAUCGACGCCCCUAGGCUUCACCACCCUCUCGUGCCGGACGUUCUGUACGCCGAGUACCAAUUCCCAGGGGUGAUCCUCCAGAAGCUGCACACCAUGGGCUACCAGCUGGAGACGCUGCGCACCAACUCGUCGAUCAGGGGCGUGCAGCGAGACAAUGGCACUUAUUUGCUCAAUCAGGACUACAGAAUAGUCUUCUGAACGCGUAGCUUCACGGGUGCUCGCUGGAGAGAAAGCUGGCGCUGCAACAGGCAGUGUUUGGAAGUGCCUAUAGCUUUCGGAUUGAGGCUUCAUUGACUCGCGCACUGUGCUAGGAAUCCGAGCCUCCUGCUCAAUGUGUUCGGCAUGUUUCUUUUUUUUUUUUCUCGCUGUAUGCUUCGCAUUCGUUGUAUACCUUUCUUGGUUUUGCGCUGUCGCCUAGCGGUUGUGCAUACAUUUUAUGACUGCAAGUAUCCUUUCACACAAUGACUGCUUGGUGGCGCUGCUAUCACUACCAAAAAAAUCUGCGAUUAACACGUUAGUUCGUAUUCACUUCUGUAAGAAACGGCGCUGCGUAACACAAUGAACAAUGAAAGGAGUAAGGAGGCAAGGUGCCAAGCUCUACAGUACAUUCAGCUUUCGGACUUAAGGCGCUCGGAAUGCACCACUCAUCGCUUAUGCCGUUGUUUUCUCACUUUCCUUGGUCAUUGCAUGGUACAUACGCUGUCGCCAUUAUUGUGUAAGGAAAUCUGUGAGCGUAUAGCCAAUCCCUUUUUAACUUUCUCAAGCUAACAGAGUUGAAUGAGCAAAUGCGCACGGCCUGCAGACGCCGCGCCUUUAUGAUUACGCCGUUAAGUGUGCGAUUUUGGGGGUAAUUUCUACCCAAGAAGAAAAGAAAAGCUGUUUCAUUAAGAUUUUGUUUCUUUCCUCCCUUACUUUUUUUUUUGGGGGGGGGGGGGGGUAGUGAUGUUAUCAAGAAAGUAACGUUUACCCAGUCAUAGGAAAUUACGGGCAAAGCCAUAAGUCAAGCCCGAUGUCACUCGUGUUUUAGAUCGUCUCUGUACAAAGCGAGCGGCUAUUGAAGAGCCCCUUUGUAACCCAACGUUAGCAUGAGAAUGUCUUGAGCGAUGCACAACACUGCGCAAAUUGCUGUCACCGUGUUGUUACAAAGCUUGUGUCGGGCGUGCGUUUAAGCUGUGUAGUGUUCGGCUGUUGGAGGUAAGCCUCAGCACAAAAAGUCGAGAUUCUCAUCGCAAAGCGCAAACCUCUUCCUUAUAGGCUGGUCCUCUUCGUAUGCACCAGUUAGAAAGAUCAGCACGUGUGACGACUUGUGCCAGUGGCAGCGCGCGCGGUGCUGCAGAGAAGCCGACAAGCGGGAGUGCCGAAUCGCUCUCGGAUUGGCUUGGUUGGUUGGCGAUAUGCUCACCGCCAGUGGACUAAUUUUAUUUGUCGGCAGAGGGUUCGUUGAUCCGGGGCAACAGCUUCAGACAGCGCAUGUUCCGUUCUUUCGAGUGGUAGUUAACUUUCCACCGAGCUAUUCCGAGACCGAACAGAGGCAACAACCCGGCACUUGCGCCUUGGUGAAACUGGGACGCCGCGAGCGGCGAUUCGUACCUUGAGGUGCCAUUCAGGACGCUGUGAAAAUCGCCACCUGUUCGGCUCUGAUAGGUUCACCAUGUGGUUACGCCCUGCCUGUUUUGCUCAACGCACAAACAUGGCAAAAUUGGAUAACAAGACGGAAACUGACCCAGCGUCCACAAUAGCAACCAUGGUCACGUGGUGUUAAUUGGGCCGCCUUUCAAUAUUAUACUUCUUUGGCGGUUGGAAGAGGACAGGGAGGAGGGCACGGCGACUGUACUGCGCCUCGACGCGUCGGAGGCGCUUACACGCCUAUUGCACGUAACGAGCACGGCCAAGCUAUGCGCUCCAGGCUAUAGCGCGAGUGCACAGUGAAUAAGUUUUUGGGCGUCGUUAGUGUUUUUUUAUGUUUUGCGACAGAGUUGAAAAGCAGGCUCUGUAUGAUAGUCAAGCUUUGGCCUACCACGGGGAAGCGCAGCGAAGCUGAAAUUACCAGUUAAAAAUGCUUAUGAGUACUUUGUGAAUUUAGGCCGUCUUAUUUUCAUUUCCAUGCAACAUUGUCCUUCCUUUGUGAGUUUGCUCACUGAACGCAAUGUAAAGAAGUAUUGGUGUGUUGAUAUGUAUUCAUGUACUUAUCAUAUAUAAUCAUCAUUUGCUGUCCAGCUCAUGUUGUAACUGCGCAUUUAUUAACGCUGUAGGCGUUGAUAAUUUGCUGCUGCACCCAGCAAUAACACGCGCCUUAAAUAUGUGAUACGAAUUUCUUACUUUUGCAAAAUGUUACUUUUGCAAAAUACAAUGAUGGCGCUAUCGUGUCGACCUGCUGUAUACGUAGGCACACUAUAAGGAGAAAUCUCGGUUAUUAUACCUCUCACUUCACACGGCCAUUUGACGUCGCAUACCUUCCGUUCGCCGAUGUGGUCAUUUGAGCACCACUAUUUUCGUUUCGGAAAAGCCUAGUCGUCCGGUAAGCAUUGAGGGAAAGUUCGAUGGAUAAACUAUACGGUGCUUGGACGAAAGUUAAAAGGAGAAAACAUCCGAUAUGUCUCUGAUUAAAUGUUUAGGCGACAUUUCUUUUUAUCGUUUCAAAAAACGGGAACUUACGCUAAUGCAGAUGCGCGUGGAGCACUACAUUUCACAACGGGCGAACUAUUUCAACCGGCUCUGUCCCCGACGGAGUCCUGUCGCUGAUUGUUUGCCUUUCCUUCCGACACGAAAUUGCUGCCACGAAAACGAGGCGUGCAAUAAGCACACGUCCGUCGUGUAUUCGCUGCUCGCAUCUGUGCAUGUCGCAGGUGCAUGGCGCCACUUCCGAGUUUGAUUAUAUGGGCCAGUGCUCCCGACUUGAAGCCGUCGGUAGCCUUUGCUGUUUCCACUUUGGCGUCUCGAGGGAAACCUCUCAUUCAGUGAAGUUCGCAUAUCCGACAUAACUUCACGCCUAGCGGGUGUUUCAAAUUAAAAAUUGUCCCGCCUACAAGCGACACCGGCACGUUACUGAACAUCCUUAUGCAUGCUCUUGCGAUAACACAAUCGCGUGGCCGCUAUGACAUGACAGCAUUGUCACACGAACGAUGGUACUACAGCGGAAUAACGUUGUGAGGCAGUGGCACAUACCUACUCUGGGGGAUUGGCCAAGGACAAGAACAAAGAAGUGUCAUAUUCAUAGGGGUGUUCAAAUAGUGAAACUCUGAAAUCGAGUCGAAUACGAAUAUCGAAUACUUCCUCAUUUCUAAAUCCAGUGAAAUAUAAAGCUUGCGUGGAGCCCGUUCGAUAAAAAAAAAAAGCUUUUUGCACUAUUUGAUUGACGCAUGUAAUACAUACGCAACUAGGAGCCCGGUGAACUGAUGAGUUUUCAAGGGAUAAGUAAAUUUUUUCAGUUACCUGACGCUCCAUGAAACAGUAAUGAAGAUAGUAAUGAAGUAAGGAAACGGCAUGUCACCCGAUGCAGCUAUAGUGGGUUGCAUGCAGAAUCACUGCACAUGUCCGUAAAAGGAAUGCAAACACGAUGACAGUGCACCACACAAUAAAUCGUUUUGCCUAAAUUGAAACAACAAAUCGGCAUAUUAUGCUGCCAAAUAUUAGGCAUUCUUAUUGAACGACUUGAAAUUAUUGAAAUAAAAUCAUCUGCCCCAGGCAUUUGAUUAGAAAGUGGAGCCUUCGCUCGACAACGGCAUUUCUGCAGAAUAAUAAUAUGGAACAGUUUCCCCAAGCAUCGGUUUCUCUUCCUGCGAACUUCCCACAGUUCUCGCUGGAUUCAAAAAGAAACGAGCAUUCGAGAACUUCAAAUAGUUAGUUGUCCAAUCCAAUGCGAAUCGAAGAGUAACUAUUGUUGAAUUCGUAUUCGAAAUUUCGAAGAUUCGCACACCCCUAGUCAAGUUCCUUUUCCUUCGUUUUGGAUGGAUAGAUGGAUGGAUGCUAUGAGCGUCCCCUUCGGAACGGGGGGUGGGUUGCACCACCAAGCUCUUGUUAUUUUAUUGCCUAAUGUCCUACCUAUAGAUGUUAAAAAGAAAUAAAAGAAGAAAACCUACGAUGAAUUCCCAUAACCAAAGUUUCUGAAACCCUAUUGUGAACUUUAUUUUUGUAAGCCUCCGUUGUUUGUCAUUUCCCUACUUCCACCAAUCUUCCAAUCGCCGCUUACUAAUCUUUAUUGCGGGCAUGUUUACUUUCCCCCUGCUCUCGCUGUACCCAAAGGCUUCAAAGAGGUCAAUGAUUCCUAAAUCGACCGCUGGGCAGAUGUCUUAACAUUCUAAUAAAACAUGCUCAAUCGUUUCCCUAGCCUUACCGCAGCCAAGCACAUGCUUCUUCUUCCUUCUUAUAUCUCGCUUGAUAAGUGCGUGUUCUAAGGCAUCCUGAUCUCACUUCAAAAAGUAAUGGGCUUCCCUUUGAGUUAUCAUAAAUUGUUUCUUUACUGAUUUCGUUUUUUCCUCUUAAGUAGAUACUCACGGCAGGAUUUUCUUUUUUCACUGUCGGCACCCAUGAUAUUAUCUCAGCCUCUCUGACUUACCGCUUGAUGUUCUUUGUUGCUGUGUUGCUCACCAUACAGGCCUAAUACUUGCUGGUAAGCUUCCUAGUUCUUUUCCUCCACUGUGAAUCAAUGAUAUUCCUGUACAAAUACCUGAACACUCUCCCAGACCAUUUACUUUCUUCCAUAUUCCUCAGUCAUUCUUCAUAAUUAAUUUUACUGUGAGCUGCACUCACUUGAAAACUUGUCCAGCCCAUGUCACCCUGCACGGCUUCAUUUGUAGUCCUCCCGUGAGCGCCCAAUGCGAGGCGUCCCACUGACCUUUGGUUGCCAUCGAGUCCUGAUUGUACCCUUGAUUUCAAGCAAACAACCGCAUUUCCAAAUGUAAGUCCGGGAACCAUUACACCGUCCCACAUACACCAGAGCACCUCGUACCUAUUGUAUUCGCAUAGCGCUCUGUGUUUCAUUGUGGCCACAUUUAUCUUCCCCAUUAUUGGUAUUGUAUUUUCCUGUGUUUCCAUAUAUAUGUUGCCUUCGCUUAUCCAUAUACCAAGGUAUUUAUAUUCUUUCACGUGGGGUAUUUCGUCGCCCUGAAUUGACCCUGUCUGUUUACUGUUUUCAUUGAAUAUUAUAACACCUGAUUUUACAACGCUAAAUUUCAGACCUAACUCAUCGCCUUACUGUCCACAGUAAGCCAGACGUUGCAUAUCACUUUGCUUGUUAGCUAGCAACACAAUGUCGUCCGCAAAAACAAACCUGGAAGCUGCUGCUCUGCUACUAUACCCGGCUGUUUGUAUGAGAGAUUAAACCCGAUAUUACUUCCCUCUAGCGCCCUUUCCAUCCUCACCAUGUAUAUCAUAAACAGCAGUGGGGAUAAAGGGAACCCCUGCCUCAGUCACUUGAUAUCAACUUUCUCCUCGCUCCUCAUCCCUUCCCAUUCAACACAAAUGCUACUUUCAAGGUAAACCUCUCUCAAAAGCUGUAGACAAUCGUCGCCUAAGCCUUCCCUUUCCAGAAUAUUCCACAAAAUGUUGCGGUCUACAUUGUCAUAAGCUCCUGUAAUGUCUAAAAAGGCCACAUACAACGGUCUCCUUUCUACUCCUGAUAUUUGAAUACACUGAGUAAGGACAAAUAAGUUAUAAUCCAAACGCCUACCUAUUCUGAAUUCAUCCUGAAGUUCUCCCAAAAUGCCAUUAUUCUCUGCCCAUGCAGCUUUAACUUAACUUCCUGCAUUGCUAACCUGUAUAUUACCGAUGUAAUGGUCAACGGUCUAUACGAAUGAAUUCUAUCUUUCUCCGCCUUACCUUUAUAAAUUAAAUUCAUUCUAUUUUGGUGCCAACUGUCUGGUAUUCCUCUACCUUUUAGACUUUUUCUACUGCUUUCAACAAAGCUUCCUUACUUUUUGGACCUAGUUCAUUUAUCAGCCUAACGGGAACCUCGUCUAGUCCUGUGGCUGUACGCUUCGGAAUUUUCUCUUCGGCUUUCUUCCAGUUGAAAUUUGUCAGCACCAGCUCCUUUUCCAUCUGAUUCUCUUUCAUGCUAUUUUUUUUCCUCAAUACAACCUCGUCAUUGCCUUGGAAAGUUUCGGCUGUUAUUUUUCUGGUGUAAUUUAAUGCCACACGUUCCCUUCCAGUUCGUUUCCGGCUUCGUCUAGGAUAUGUUGUAUUGUUCCACACUUCCUACCUAAUAAUUUUAUAUGGUUCCAAAAUAUUCUAGGUGCGGCCUUCUUUUUCUCACGCAUUUCAAACAAACAACGUUCACUUCCAACUUUUACCUUUGCUUGCACCAUUAUUUAAACCAUAGAUUUUUUCUCCCGGUAUAUUUCCCAUUUUCUGGCUACUUCACCCUGUGGUAACUGCGCUCUUUUUUUUUUUUUGCCUGCCUGCCUGCCUGCCUGUGCUUUCGAUAUGGUUUCUGUCGUCCGGCGACCGCUUCUCGUAUCUCCCUGUUCCGCCAUCUUUUCGGUUUCUUUUUUCCUUUCCAGCGAACAUGUUGCUUCUCUUUCCGUAUUUCUGUCGUUAUUACACUUAGAAGCUCACUAUAUUUCCACUUUUUGCUUGGCCAUUUGCCAAGUUCUUCCUCAAUUCUUGUGACUAUAUUUCUUAUUUGUUCAGUGUUCAAAUUUGGACUGGCCAUUUUGCACUCCUUGCUCUCUUUCCCAAGCGCAUAUCCCAUGUUCAAAAUGAUGCGUUUAUGGCCACUCCCUAUGCUGCUAUACCCUUCCUCGUCAAUGACCAUUUCUCUCAACUUAUCAUGUAUUCCUUCUGUCAUCAGACAGUGGUCGAUUGCUGGUUCCCCGGUUUCCGGUUUUCUUAGUCCACGUGAAGCGUCCCCACGCGGAAACAGACGUCAGCAGUAGACGUGAGUGCCGUGUGUGCGCUGUUUCACAUAUUUUUUUUUAUUCUAAGCACUAAAUAGCCUCAAGUUUCGCAUUCUGAGUCGUCGCAGUGUCCUAUAAAAGCGACCCCUGCCGCUCAUAGAUAAUAACGAUGCGUCUGUAGUACAUAUAAAAGCUAUACAAAGGCACUAGCGACGAGUGCACUGAACGAGAUUUGGCAUUUUGUUCCUGCUGACACACUCCAUUCAUUUUCACUGCUUUACUUUAGUCUUGAAGCAUGGUCAUAUUGCUUUUUCUUUCCUCUUUACUUCUUAUCUUCAACUUACAUUUCUACCUCUCCUUCAUAAAGUAGGCGUUGUGCUGCAGAAUGGAGCGACGACAAGGUCAAUUCACGCAAUGACAGCGCUAAUUUUCUUGUCCCAUCUUAUUGUUGCGAAAUUACCGCGCGUUAUUUCCCACCUUGCAACGCGGUGACUUAGACUCGGUGUUCACAUUCGAAACAAAUCAUCGUGGUACUUCUGUUUAACUGACAGGGAGAUAAAAAGAGUAAUUUCCCAAAUGCUACAAUACUGCUGCUAAUAAUAUUAGGAGGAAGAAAAGUCGGGAUCAGACAACACGCCAUUUGUUAUUUUCUCUUUAUUUUAGAAAAUUAUUUCAUUUUCUUUCUACAACCGUCCGAUACAUGACCCAUCCCCCGCAGUGGGUUGCGCCGUAACACGUACGAUUAACCAACCAAUCAAAGCUGCAAACGGAAUACUGAAAGAUAUGUGACGUGAGUGCACAUAUGGAUGAGGGAUCGACGUUGGGCUAGUUGGUGUUGCAUAUUUGGACGGGUUAAACAGCGCGUAAGACGACGACAAGUGAAAGAACGACAACACAAGCGCUGGCUUGUUGCCUUGUUGCAAUGAAGACAACGUUGUUAGUCGGCGCUUGUGUUGUCGUUCAUUCACUUGUCCUCGUCUUACCCGCUGUUUAGCCCGUCCAAAUAGGCACAUAUGGAGUCACUUUAGAAGUUGUAAGCUGGGCGCUUCGAGGGAGGCGUUGUUAGAGGUAAAGGCCGUCUUUAUUUGCGAGUAGAUAUCGUACAAGAACUGUGCGCGCCAUGUUCCACGCUGACAACGGCUUUCCUGUUGUUACGAGCCUGUGUCGCACAUGUUUGUGUCAAAGCACAUUCGGGAAGGAAAGGCAGAACAAAGUCGGUGCUACCGUCUGACAGUGACGGAUGCAGUAGUACACACUUUCAUACCAUUAUUGUAACGGCGUUGUAAUCAAUAUGGCAUUUGUUGGUACAUCUGACGUCAUGAGGGUGGGAGGGGGUGUUGUUUUUACAAAGUUAUUCUAGCAUACAUGAGCUGUAUUUAGAGUAGCGUAAUGUACGAAACGUUGCAACGGUGUGAGUUGCUCCGAAAUACCAGCAAGCGCUACGGCGCAUGCGCGGAUAGCUACUGAAGUCGGCGCAUCAGCGCAACGAAGCAGUGAAUUACGCAUUACACUAAGGUAAAGCGUCCUAAUUAAUGCCAGAGCGCACUGAAUGUCAUUUAGGCAAACACUGAAGUACGCCUGGGAGCAGUGACACUACUCUACUUAAGGACAUUACAAUAACUAAGGCAGCUAUCGCCAAAGAGCGCCUGCUAGAGCAUAUCUAGAACCUUGUGGACUGAGAGAUCCGUGCAAGCCAACGAACAAAAAAGUAUAAGAAAAAAAUUUAAAUCAUGGCCCCAGAUUGGUAGAAGCAUGUACGUGAUAUUAUUUAAGCCUAAAGUACACUUAAAUAACUAUAGAUUAGAGUAUAAGUGCUGUCUUUAUGAAAUCAAAAUGGAAUCAUGUAUAAUACGUACUGAAAGUAUUAGUUUGCCGAAUUUGCUGAUAAUUAUAUGUUAACGUGUACUGCGCCAGCUAGGAACAUAUAUGUAACCAGAUUUUCAGUUUACUAUCUAAGUAUUGCAUAUUCUUGUUUAUUUGCGCAAAGUUAUUAAUAAAUGGUUAUAUGACCA